CAUAACAUCUCUUGUAUUUAUACUUCUUAGAUUGAUUUUGAUCUAUCAUUAUUGUUUCUUACAAGUGUGUAAAUGGCACUAGUUAGGGAGAGAAGGCACCAACAGGGACUCCGGUUAUCGCUACCACCAUUGCCGGCAGCCGAUUUCCUGCAACAGUCUCAUUACACGGCAUUGUUAUCUGCCAUUGGUCCAACAUCUCCAGACAUCGAAAGCCUCUCUGACCUUGAAAGGCUCUCGGUUAUCGGCCAUGGCAAUGGUGGCACUGUUUACAAAGUCCGGAACCGUAAAAGCUCAUCUGUUUACGCGUUGAAAGUACUUCGUUUUGAUCAAAACACCGCCAUAAGACAUCAAGCGGCAUGCGAAGCUGAAAUCUUGAAAAGGGUUGAUUCGCAAUUUGUUGUGAAAUGCUUCGCGGUGUUCGAUACUAUUGGAGGAGAGCUUUGUUUCGUUAUGGAACAUAUGGAAAGAGGAUCGUUAUACGACGAACUUCGGGUGAGGGCAAAUUUGCCUGAAGAUGUAAUUUCGGGGAUAGCCCGAAGUGUCUUGCGAGGGUUACAAUACCUACACGGAAUGCAAAUCGUGCAUGGUGAUAUAAAACCAUCGAACCUAUUGAUAAAUGGGAAAGGAGAAGUGAAGAUCGCAGAUUUUGGAGUGAGUAAGAUUGUCGUAGGCACACGAAACGCCUACGAUACGUUCAUGGGAACAUGCGCUUACAUGAGCCCUGAAAGGGUCGAUCCUGAGAGGUGGAAUGGGGGUAAUGCUGAUGGUUUCGUUGGCGAUAUUUGGUCGCUAGGUGUGGUGGUGUUGGAAUGUUGUGUCGGUCGUUAUCCGUUAAUCGCUUUCGGAGAAAAACCCGACUGGGCAGCAUUGAUGUGCGCUAUAUGCUUCGGAGAAAGGCCGCAGAUGCCAGAAACGGUUUCACCAUAUUUUAGGAGCUUUGUGAGAAGGUGUUUGGAGAAAGAUUGGAGAAACAGAGGGACAGUGGAUGAGCUUCUUCAUCACCCUUUUGUGAAUGGCACUUUUGAAUUGCGAUGAAGGAUUCAUCAAUUUUGAGGGCGUUUUUUUUUUUUUGUAGUUUGAGGGUUUCUCCAAUCGUUUGAUCAGAGGCUUAUUUUGGGGGUUUUCAAAUUAACAAGUUUUUCAAUUUGCAUCGAAAAUUAAGAGCACUAAUUUGCAUUUGUGACUGCAAAUCUAAACCCUGUAUUUAACUUUUUUACUUGGAGAAAUAAAUUACACCUAAAUAGGUUUUAGUUGAGCACUAACAAAGAA